AUGGCUUUAGCCGCCAUUACUCUUUCUGCAUCAGCCCCAGAAGAAGAUAGAGAGGAAUGGUUUUCUGACGAGGACAAUGAUCUCCCUGCGACCUUAAGCCAAAUGAAAACUUCUCUCAGGGGAGCAAGCCGCUUCCUUGCCACUCGGGCUACCACGACUACCUGUGACAAAAACCCUAAGGUUUGCAAGGCUGCAGGCAGCGUGGGGCGAGAUUGCUGCAAGAAGAAGUGCGUGGAUUUGAAGACGGACAGAGUUAACUGCGGCAAGUGUGGGAAGAAAUGCAAGUACUCGGAGAUAUGCUGCAAAGGGAAGUGUCUGAAAUCAAUGUCUGACAAGAAAAACUGUGGGAGCUGCAACAACAAAUGCAAGAAAGGAAGCUCGUGUGUGUAUGGAAUGUGUAGCUAUGCGUAG